AUGGCCACUUCCACCGUGAAGGCUUCUUCUGCUGCCGUCACCAGCGCCGCCGCCACCGCCGCCGCCGGCGCACCCGGAUCUAACCCCAAGAAAGUCGACGGCAAGACCUGGACUCUGAACAACGUCAACCGCUACUGCGGCGAGAAUAGCGGCACCUGCGACUACAACUUCGACAUUGUCGCCAACGGCAAGACCGAGCACUGCACCAUUGUCAACGCCUCCAACAAGAGCUUCGACAACCAGAAGUGCGCCAACGGCGACUACACCGUCAGCUGGGGCUACGUCGCUAACCCUGCUCCCGCCUUUGCCGUUGUCACUGUUGUUGACAAGUCGAACGAGCUCGCUUGGUUCGGUGUCAGCAACGUUGAUGGUCAGGCUGUUACUGCCAGCAACCCCAAGGGCUCUGGCCAGUACGGCAAUGUUGGCCCUGAGCAGGUCUACACCUACAACUAA